UCAAAUGGGUGUGCAAUUAGUCUUGUACAAAAAUGAGGCAUUGAUUUGUCACUUUUGUUGUGACAUGGGUGAUGGUAGGCAAUGAGAAAAUUGUGGGAAAUUAUCUUUCCAAAGUCUUAGAAUUUUCUUCUUCCUCAUCUUUACAUUGCCCAAAAGCACCCCCACCAUUUAGGGGGUCUUAUUUUAAAAGGAUUACCUCCCUUCUUCUUCAUAGACAGAAAGAUAAAUUCAAUCUUUUUCCUUUGUUCUUGUACACCCUUUUGGAGUUUUAAUUAUUUAAUGACAUUCUUGAUUACCUUUUUCCAAGAUUGAACCUUUUGGAAGAAGGGAGGUUGUUAAAAAAAAAUUUAAUUACAUUUUUGAUCUCUCUUUUAAUUUUUUUUAAAAUUUAUAUAUAGAUAAAGAAAAAUGAUAGUAAGAUGGUGGAUAACAGCUCUGCAAUUAACAGAGCUGUUUGUGAGUUCCUUGGUUCAUUUGGUUUAUGGGUUUUACAUAUUUAGUACAGCUGUGGCUGGUGAUCUUUCUCAAGCAUUAAGUGAUUGUUUUUACAAGAAUAGUAAUAAUUUGGAGGCUAAUUUGAAAUCUGAUGAUUCAAAGGAGAACGUUACAAGUGUUAAAGAUUUGCCUCCCAUUGUGUUGGUUCAUGGAAUAUUUGGUUUUGGAAAAGGGAGAUUAGGAGGGCUUUCAUAUUUUGCUGGUGCUGAGAAGAAGGAUGAUAGGGUUCUUGUGCCUGAUUUGGGCUCAUUAACUAGCAUAUAUGAUAGGGCUCGUGAAUUGUUUUAUUAUUUGAAAGGAGGGCACGUUGAUUAUGGGGAAGAACAUAGUAAAGCUUGUGGGCAUUCCCAAUUUGGACGAAUUUAUGAACAAGGGCAUUACCCAGAAUGGGAUGAAGAUCACCCUAUUCAUUUUGUUGGGCAUUCAGCUGGAGCACAGGUUGUUCGAGUUUUACAACAAAUGCUAGCUGAUAAGGCAUUUAAGGGUUAUGAGAACACUUCUGAAAACUGGGUCUUAAGCAUCACAGCAUUGUCUGGAGCAUUCAACGGGACUACAAGAACCUACUUUGAUGGAAUGAAUCCUGAAGAUGGGAAAUCCUUGAGGCCCGUAUCUUUGCUUCAGCUAUGUCGCAUUGGAGUACUAAUUUACGAUUGGUUUGACAUACCGUGGCUAAAGAACUAUUACAACUUUGGGUUUGACCACUUCAACAUAUCCUGGAGAAAAAUGGGCAUAUGGGGUCUUAUUGAUUGCCUCUUAGGAAAUGCUGGUCCAUUUGCUUCAGGGGAUUGGAUACUUCCAGAUCUUACCCUCCAGGGGUCGAUCAAGUUAAACAGCCACUUGCAUACAUUUCCUAACACAUACUACUUCAGCUAUGCUACCAAGCGUACUAGCAAAAUCAUGGGUAUAACAGUUCCUUCGGGCAUACUCGGGAUACAUCCCCUGCUGUUCAUCAGAAUUUUGCAAAUGAGUCUAUGGCGCCAUCCUCCAGAUGUCCCUCCUCCGUAUAAGGGCUAUAGAGAUGAGGAUUGGUGGGACAAUGAUGGUGCACUCAACACUAUAUCUAUGACACAUCCUCGUUUCCCAGUCGAGCACCCAAGUCACCUGGUCGUUAAAGAUUCUGAUUGCCAGCCUUUUGUACCUGGCAUCUGGUACUAUAACAUUGUAGAGGGUGAUCACAUUCUUUUCAUUGUGAAUCGUGAAAGAGCUGGAGUUCAAUUUGAUUUGAUAUAUGACAGCAUAUUUGAGCGCUGCAGGAAGCAUGCUUUCAGAAAGAAUCCGACGAUGCCAAACCAUAUAAUUUAGUAGUUAGCAAGAUGUUGCUCUUACUGAUGCGCUACAAACUCUUAAAUAAUACAACAACAACAAACCCAGUGUAUUCACACAUAGUGGGGUCUGGGUAGGUGUGAUGUACGCAGUCCAUACCACUACCUCCGAAGAAGUAGAAAGACUGUUUCCGAUAGACCCCUGGCUCAAGACAAGGAAUAAUAAUCAAAUCCAUAAUAACACAUGGAACAAGAUGACAUAACAUAAAUACGACACCCACAAGAAAGGGAAACUGCAAUAUCAAAUACUCUUCCGGUUUCUUGUUUCGUUUUUCUUCAGACAAAAAUCUAUUUUCCUUUUGAAUUGUAAAUGCAAAUAGAUCAAAAUUCACCAUCAUUAAUGUGUAGGCAGGCUUGCAGAGGAACAAUGUGAAUUAAGGAGACACAGACACACUGGUCUCCUGUAAUAUCAAAACAUAACGAUCGACUUUCAGAAGAAUAUAUUAGAGAGGUUUCUGUUUUAUCUA